UUUAGAAAAUAUUUUACCAGGUAGUCACCCAAAUGAAGAUGAAAUGAAUACUUAUGAUUUAAUAGUAUAUGAAAGUUUAUCUAAUGAAAAUGACACUAGCAAAGAGCUAGGAUACAAUUAUAAGGACAAUUAUGAGAAUAAUAAUUAUGAGGAUGAUAAUUAUGAGGAUAAUAAUUAUGAGGAUGAUAAUUAUGAAGACAAUAAUUAUAAGGACGAUAAUUAUGAGGAUGAAAAUUAUAAAGAUGAUAAUUGUAAGGACAAUAAUUAUAAGAACAAUAAUUAUAAGAACGAUAAUUAUGAGGACGAUUAUUAUAAGGAUGAAAAUUAUGAGGAUGAUAAUUAUAAGAACAAUAAUUAUAAGGACAAUAAUUCUGAGGAUGACAAUUCUAUAAAUGAUAAUUCUGAGGAUAACAAUUCUGUAAAGAUAAUUCUGUAG